CUAUUGGAAGAGAAAAUUUGUGGAAUCGGGCAUGUUGGCGGUCAACUUUUACAAAUAUCUCUUAUUAGGAAUACUCAUUUUUUUGCCUAAUAUAUCUUUUGGAAAAGUGACACGAGCUUUUGUGUUGUCUUCCAAACUACCCAUUUUUGGAAUGGAAGACAAGGCCCUCGAAAAGGAAGACGUCUGUUGGCAAACUCUCUCUCAAGGUACAACCAAUUUUGAUAAACCGGCAAAGAAACCUAGGCUCGUAUUCACUCUGAAUCAUAACUUGGCAGACGUAUCCUCUGCAAAGGUCUUACCUGGUCUUAGAAGACACGGUAUAACUGCACUGUUUCUAGUCGACUCUUCUUCAAUUGUCUCCAACGAAAAUAUUCUACUGAAUAUAGUUGAACAGGGACACUAUGUUGCUGUAAAGAACAUAUCAGAGAAUGCUUCAAAAGAGGAACUUAUCCGAGAUUUGGAAGUUUAUUAUCGUGUACUAGAACAUUUGCCUCUAUUCAUUGCUCAAAAAUCAAUGAUCACGGAUCCUGUGGAGUUUCCAGUAAGAAUGAUGCCAAUAUAUGUCGAUGAAUAUGACGGUAGAACCAUUUUACUGGAGAGAGAAGGUGACUUUGAUGAUGCUAUUUCGCAAGUUUUAGAAAGUUCAUCAAUCGUAACUCUUGAAAAGAUGAUGAACCUUGAGCAGCUUAAAUGUAAUUAUCAAAGACUUGGUUGUCAUUGUCCCGAAACUCGUAACGGCAUAUUCAGCAAGUGGUGUACUAAUAUAGAAGACGAGCUUACCUCAAGAUAUAUCAGUUUUGCUGAGUAUGUUUCAUUCGAAGGAAGUGUUACCUCCCAAAGAGUUAAAGACUGGCUCAAUGAUGUGCAUUUCUUUGUUCAAAGAAACUCUGAAAAGCUGGAAAGUUUAUAUGAAACAUGGAGAUAUGCAGACACAGUUGCAGAUUCAACAUCUAUUAUUCACUUGUGGCCAAAGAGAAAAAUUCAUCCUAUCCAUUCUGUGAAUUCUUCUUGUUUAAGGAAAUUUCUACAAAGUCACAAACAAAAUUACAAAAUCAAGGACAUAAUUUAUGAUGUGCACACCUUGAUAGAUGUUAUAGCUUUGUUGAUCAUCAUCAUCAUCUCGCUACUCCGGUUUAGAAAAAACUAUUUCCUGAUAAAGAAGCGAGACUAAGUUUCUUUGAAAUGGAUGGAAGGUUCCACUUACAGAGAAGAUGGUAUUUAUUCUUGCCAGGCUCUAGCAAAAGUUCUCUCGAACUCGCUAGUUAAUGUUGUUAUUAUCUUGCAGUAUUGCUGUCUGAAGCAUACAAAGAGGCUAUUGAUUACAACUUAUUUUUGUCAUAGCGACAUCAACUUACACAGAACGUUUUGGACAAUGAUUGACUUCAAAUUCC